AUGAAUGUAUUCGUGAAUUUAUGUAUUUUGGGGCUGAUAGGGUUUGGGUGCGCCGAGGAGGGGAGGGACUAUUGGGGGGAGGUAUUUGUGUACAAGGAUGCGUUGGAGUUCAUGAGAGGGUGCGGUAGUAAGGAACUGAGCUUGUGUGUUAAGGAACGUGCCCUCGGAUACCUAGACAGCAUCCCGACGAGCGUGGACCUGGGUGGCGGUUUAAAAAUACGAGCCAACAGAGUCGAACGGCAUGCCAGACAGGGCGUUCCUUUGCCAGACGACCUGCGAGCCAGGGAGGAAGCCGUUGAAAAUUUACUUUGGGAUAGGAUCAUCGAUUUCAUGAGAUCGCAUACAUUCGAGUUCAAGAUCCCCGAUGAAACUAUCAACGAUCUGAUGGGGAAGCCGGUGGAGGAAGCCAGAAAAAAGAAAGGAGGAGGCGGAGGAGGUAUGAGAAUGCGCACAAUGCUCCUGCUUCUUCAACUCAAAGCUGCGACAAUUGGCGCAAUAGCCUUAAAAGUGAUUGGAUUAAUAGCUUUCAAAGCAUUAGUAAUAGCCAAAAUAGCCUUCACUAUCGCAAGCAUCAUCGCGUUGAAGAAGCUUCUGGAAUCAAAACAUCACACUUCAACUUACGAAGUAGUCGCUCAUCCACAUUAUGAAGAACACGGUCAUUUUGACAGGUCUUUUAAUACAUUCAAUGCUCAAGAUUUUGCUUAUAAAGGUUACAACGCUUUAGGAGGAAGAAGUAGCAGUUAG